GCUUACACGUUGCAUACUUAUAAUUCGCUGGACAAUCAGGAUAGACUGCUAUAGUAACAUGCUAACCAAUCAGAACUGACAAGAUCAUCGCAGGCUCGUCUGCAAAGCCAGUUCACCGCUUCUGCUGAAGCUUCCAUGCCAGGCUCAUGGUCAUUACCUUGUCGCGUUGGUUCCGCGACAUCAGCUUGAGCGUGGACAUCGUAGAAUAUCCUGUGCACAGAAACACUUCAACAUGCGCCUCUUGAAUACAGAAACACUCGCACUUGAGUUCUUUCCGGGGAGGGGCAAGCCAAAAUACGCAAUUCUAUCGCACACCUGGGGCCACGAAGAGGUACUCUUUACAGAUGUCCAAAACAGUCCGGCUUCGGAAUGGGGACGAACAGCAAGCGGGCAGAAAGUGAAGCGAAGUGCUGAGUUGGCCUACAGCAAUGGAUAUCAGUAUAUUUGGAUUGACUCGUGCUGUAUUGACAAAAGUAGCAGCGCAGAGUUAUCCGAGGCUAUCAACUCGAUGUACCAUUGGUACAAGAGAUCUAGCGUUUGUUAUGCCUACCUCUCUGAUGUAAUAGCAAAGGACUGGCCAGUUCUGGGUAACAACGCUCGUUGGUUCAGUCGGGGCUGGACGCUACAGGAGCUCAUUGCACCGCCGAGUGUGCAAUUUUAUGAUCGGAGUUGGAAAUUCAUAGGCAGCCGAGAGUCGUUGGCAUCUGAUAUUGCAGGUAUAACGUCUAUUGACGUUGAGCUGCUCAGAGACAAACAUAGCAGGAGUGCUUCUGAUCUCGAUCGUUAUAGCGUAAGCCAGCGAAUGGCAUGGGCGGCUUAUCGUCAAACUACCCGGCCCGAAGACGAAGCCUAUUGUCUAAUGGGGAUAUUCGACGUAAAUAUGCCAUUGCUCUAUGGUGAAGGUUCGCAGGCGUUUCAGAGGCUGCAGGAAGAGAUUCUCAAGCGAACGCACGACCAGUCGAUCCUUUUAUACCAUCACGACUUCUCUUCGGUGGAAACUUUAGCGGAUUGGCCAUUGUCUGCAGCUGAUGCCCUGACGGUUUCACCAGAUCACUCUCGAGGAGUACCAAUCCUGGCGCCAGCGCCGCACCAUUUUCGGGGGGUGCCGCUGGUUAAGAGACGUUUGCCAGACCCUGGACCCAGCGCCAUACAGCUUACGCCAGACGGACUAGUAGUUCAUCUAUACCUAUAUCCUGUCAGGCAUUAUGACUCCUUGAGACUAGGUUUACUCGAUUGUUUUGCCAAUGUUGACAAUACAUGGGUCAGCCGGCCCGCCAUUCUGAUAUCGUUGGAAGACGGAUGUUACCAUUUAAGACGUAGACUGUAUAUUGUUCAGCCGGAUCAGGAAGAUGUCGCAUCAAGGGUCUUAACCUUAGGUCUUUCGGGCCAUCAAAAACUACAUUUGAACCUUGAUGAGUUGGUACACAAGACUAUCCUUCUUCACCCACAAGCACCGGUUCUUGGUGAUUUGCGUGGUCACAAGAUCGGUCCAACAUUACGCCUUCGACCGAUAGCCCAAACACCAGAAACUGUAUACAGGUUUGGACCGUCGAUUCCAAAACGAUCAUCCGCCUUGGUAAACAUUGAGAAUAUACUGGAGAGUGCUUGGUCUGCCUCGACCACGGCAAUUAUUGCCAUCGCGGCGGAGUCUCAAGGCACGGUUACAUAUCCAUUGCUACUCCAUUUUCGACGUUCAUACUAUAUCGAGUUUAUCCUUAUACGGAACCUGUACAACUUCCCGGCUGAAGUCGAAAUCACACCAGAAAUGUUCCAAGAAGCUGCGUGCCAGGAUCAGAAACGUGCCGUAGGGUCUAUUAAGCCAGACGAACCGACCGUUGUUGCAAUGGAGCUGCCAAAUGGAGAUAUCUGUACUGCUAGAAUCACUGAGGGGCAGUGGCUUGAACGCGAACUAUUGGAUCUGAAAAUCACGAUAAAAUCCAGGGGUCUUGAAACCAAGACGCGGAAUGUUGAGAAAGAUAGUCGUUCCGUCCAAUCGGAAAGUCAAGCAUCUCGAGUCCUUCGUUGGCUCAAGACACGCAAAACCAGGACUGCAUAGCCGCAUCGUCGAAUAUCGAUACUGGGAAAUUCAUCUUUAUUCAAGCCUUUCUGCAAAGCUGCAGAACUACUCGUAUUAUAUGCCCGCGGUAGCCUGCCACGGUCCUCAGAAAGGUUUUCUGUUUUCAAGGAAGGACCUCUUCUUAUGCGACAAAGGCUCUCUCUAUCAAAGCGUUGGGUAAUCCGAGACCACAUCGGUGUCUUGAGGCACCCGACAAAAGAAUCGGCAAAAGCCUCCGUAAUUCUGCGAGCAUGAACUCUGGUAUAAAGGCUGUGUUCUCCAUGACCGAAUAUGGGGCUCAAAACGGACUUGAUUUCACGGGAUGCGGAGCAAUUCAUCUCAUCCGCAUGUCGCGAUAGUUGAUGGACCUUCCUGGCCAAGACGCCCUUCGAUCAAAAGCACAAGCAUGUAGAUGUGUACAUUCAUACAUAAAUAGAUACAUAGCUGCCCUGCGUACAUGGGGUAAUGUAUUUAUAAC